CGUGAAAAACGUGAAGUAUUCGCAGGUGAAAUUAGAAUUUUAGAGAGUGUUUUAAAUUACACAGUCGAGAUGAUUACAAAAAUCAUUUAAAUGCCUUCGUAAUCAAGGCUAUAUCACUUACCCACUUAAACCACCGGGAUGAAAAUAAACUUACAUUCUAUUGCAGUGGUGUAAAUAAUGGACGGAAUACACAUUUCGAAACGAGCAGCGCUACUGUUACUGAUUGUGUGCGUGGUUUCCUUGUGUGGGACAGCCGUCGCUUUCUAUUUCAUCGGCGCUGCUCAGAAUGACACUACCGGCAGUAAAACAACUGUGGAAAAAGGAGCAAAUAAAUCCACCAAUAAGGAUGGUAAUUUAGGUGAUGAUGGACGAUUACCUAGGCACAUUGAACCGAUUCUAUAUAAAAUAGAGCUAUUUCCUGACAUCUACGGAACACGCUCUUCAGAAUUCACUCUUUCAGGAAGUGUUUGGAUUAAAUUCAAAUGUAUUGAGAAAAGUGCAAAUAUUACACUUAAUAUAAAUAAAUUAACUUUGAAUAACUCUUCAAUGAAAGCUGGAAAAUUGUUGGCCACCAAUGAGGAAACUUAUGACGGCAUUGAAAUACUUACCUAUGAAAUAAACACAAAAUGGCAGUUUUUGAUUAUUUACUUAAAAGAAGACAUUCGCCCUGGAAAUCAAUAUUUUGUCUGUAUGAAUUUCACAGGAACGCUGCAAACAGAUUUUGCGGGAAUGUACCUCAGUCGGUUUCCGUACAGAACGGUUAAUCAAUACGUUGCUGCGACGCAAUUUUCGCCAACGGAUGCCCGGAAGGCGUAUCCUUGUUUGGACGAACCAGAUAGGAAAGCCCAGUUUGAAAUAACAUUGGUCAGACGAAAUGAUAUGGUGAGUCUGUCGAACAUGCCCAUAAUGUCGACAGUUACUCGGGGCUUAAAUUUUGUGGCAGAUAUAUAUCAAAGGACGCCUAAAAUGCCUACAUAUCUGACAGCAAUGGCUGUCGGAGACCUUGAUUCUAUAACGCGUCCGGCUAGAACUGGAUUGGACUAUACAUCGUGGGCUGGAAAAGAAACGAUCAACAAAACCAAACACGCGUUGGAAUUCGGUGCCAAAAUUUUGUCAUUUUUUGAAAACUACUUUGGAAUAUCGUUCCCUUUGCCAAAACAAGACAUCUUGGCUGUUCCAGAAACGUCCGUCGGGGCGAUGGAAAAUUGGGGGCUUAUCAUUUUUAACCAAAACAGAAUAUUCUACGAAGAAGGGGAAUAUAGUCUAAAUCAUCUUAUGCAAUCUUCUGUUACCAUAUCACACGAACUAGCGCAUCAGUGGUUUGGAAACCUAGUAUCAAUGAAUUGGUGGAGUGAUUUGUUCCUAAAGGAAGGGUUUGCAGUAUAUUUUUCUGAUGUUGGAAUAUCCAAUGUGUACCCUGACUGGAAUUUUAUGGAUCAAUUUGCAGUUCGAAAUAUACAUAGCGUUUUUGAUGAUGACGGUUUGGUCUCAUCUCACCCUGUCUACAAGAAAUUAGCAGAUACAACGGAAAUCCGACAAGUAUUUGACUCAAUUUCCUACACCAAAGGCGGCUGCAUGAUUCGAAUGCUUAACUUCAUUCUUGGUGACGCUGAUUUUCAAGAUGGUCUCAAACGAUACCUUCAAAAUUACAAAUAUUCGAGUGUUGGGCAUGCUGAUCUUUGGAAAGCAGUAGAGCCGAACCCCUUAAAGCAAUACCACCCUCCAGGAGUUGGACAAGUUAUGGACACUUGGAUUUUGCAGAAAAAUUAUCCCGUUAUAACAAUCAGACAAGUAAAACCAGGUUUACUUAAAAUCACACAAGAACGCUUUCUCAAUAAUCCAAGCGAAGCUGUAAACGACACAGAAAUCUCGCCAUUCAAUUAUGUGUGGAAAAUUCCUUUAACAUACACAUGCAGCAGUAAUACGUCCUUUUCGGUGACUAACAAAGAUAUUAUCUGGAUGGAAGAAAAAGUUUUAAUGAUAGCAGACCGAGAAAUUAUUAACCUGACACUUCCAGGUAACUGGAUUAUUGCAAACUUAAAACAGUGGGGGUAUUACCGAGUUAACUAUGAAGAAACUAUUUGGAAAAAUCUAAUCAAGCAGUUAAUGGCAAAUAAGGCCAAGAUCGAUUUAGUAAACAGGGCACAGAUUAUCAACGAUUUGUUCAGUUUAAGCAAAGCAAAGAUGGUUGAAUUAAAAUUAGCAUUAACAGUUUUCGAAUACUUAAGGUUCGAGGAUGAGUAUGUCCCGUGGUUGGCUGCGUUGAAGGAAAUUACGUACAUUGAUAAGCUUAUAGCUAACAUAGAGGCAUAUGAUGCAUAUAAGGAAAUUAUGAAACAUUUUAUUCAAACAAUUUACAAAAAUCUUGAAUUGAAUAAAGGAAGUCUGACUAUGGAACAAAACUUGCUUAGAUCAAAAGUAUAUUCGUUAGCUUGUACAUUAGAUAUGACAAUCUGUAUUAAGCAGUCAGUGAACGAGUUUUCGCUUUGGAAGAACAGGAAUGAUUCUCUUGACGUGAAUACACGAAGUACUGUGUUGUGCUCGGCCCUUAAAGAAGGAAACGACACAGACUGGGUUUUUGUUUUACAGAAAUAUAACACAACGUUGAAUAUAAAUGAAAAAUACUCUUACCUCAGGUCGUUGGCGUGUACACAGAAUAAAGAUUUACAAAAGCGAUUAUUAAAUCUAUGUGGCGAUCAGUAUACCAUUCAAGGACGUGACAUUGGAUCAACAUUAAUGUGGUUGGCACAGAAUCCAUCGGCUACAACCGAGGUUUGGGACUAUGUAAAAAGUAAUUGGCAGCGCUUCCUUGACACAUUUGCUGGUAGUUUAUUUCUGUUAAGUUCUUUGGUGAGUGGCGUGACAGAGCCGUUUACCACAACUGAACAACUCAGAGAUUUGGAACAAUUUAUUGCUGAAACACCUGAUUUAGGUCCAGCUGAACAAACUUUUAAACAAGCCGUAGAGGCUACAAAAUCUAAAAUACUGUGGUUAACAGAAAAUCAGGUAACCGUGGAAAAUUGGAUCACUGAAAUGUCAGGAAAAUAUAACAUCAGCAAGUAGAUAAAAGACUUAUUUUAUAUAGAGACUUGUUUUCAAUUUGUCAGUUUGUGAGUAACAUUUACAGAUACUUUUGGGUCAACUAUUUUCAUCAAGAAUAGGAAAUAAAACACCAAUACACUUA